AUGGCAGACAAGAUCUCAAUCACCAUCUGUGGUGAUGGUGGAUGUGGUAAAUCAUCGAUCACUAUACGGCUGGUCCGAAGUCAAUGGAUUCACGAAUAUGAUCCUACGAUCGAGGACUCGUACUCUGUUACACGUACCGUCGACGGUUUCCCUUAUUUCCUCCCCAUCACCGACACAGCUGGUCAAGAAGAAUAUCGAGGUCUUUGGACUUCUUCAUCCUUACAAUCCGAUGCCUUCCUACUCGUCUACGAUAUUACGAAUCCUACUACUCUAAAUACAUUGGACCACUUUAUCGAUCUUAUCAAUUUGGAAGCCGAACAACGACUCGAGGAUAAUGAACGCUUGCGCAAAGAGCUCGGUGACAAGGCUGGUCCUGGUCCUGGUCUCCCUCCACCGGUGAUGAUCGUUGCGGGAAAUAAGUGCGAUCUGAAAGAAGGGCGCGCGGUCUCGUCGCGAGAGGGAUUGGAAUAUGCGAGAAAACAUGGAUGUGGAUUUAUGGAAACCAGUGCGAGGGAAAUGGUCAAUAUCGAAGAGACAUUUGCGCGUAUGUUCAUCCAUUCUUUCGUCCGUUCUCCGUUCUCCGUCCUCCGUGUAUAA